UCUCAAUUUUGCCCGCUAUAUAAGAAUCUUCGCGUCGAUCAGUCAAACAAGAGAUACAUUCUAAUAUUUGAAAUGAAGUGUAUAGCGUUGUUAGUAAUUCUGGCGGUGUUUGCCUAUGCCAGUGCUGGAAAGGUGACCAUCAACGGCAAGUGUAUUGAUUGUAAUGAGCCAACCCAACCGCCAGCUACUCGGCCGAGGACCACGAAGAAAAGCGGCUCAAGUGGACGUCCAACUCCAACCAAGAUUGGUGGCAAUGGGGGACGUAAGACGCCAGCACGUGAUGACGAGAUUGAUGCUUGGGCCAAAGAAUUACACAAUUUCAAUGUGAAACAAGUUGGCGGUGGUGUAUCGCAGCAGAUAAGUGGCGGCGGCCAUAGACAUAAGCGGCAGAUUUACCAAUCGGGUGGUCGGAGAAUCGAUGCCUCCGGUUUUCCCGGCACCAUAGUGCACAACGAUGACUGCAGAAACUGCAACAUACGGGGCUAGGCUAAGCUAAUGAGAAAUGUAAAUACUAUCUGUGCAUACAAUAAUAUCAAUAUCAGGUGCCAAAUGCGUGAAUAAAAGUUAUUGCCCUGCCCGAGUCUAA